AUGUCCAAGGAUCAACAACAAAACGAACCAGUUGUCGAAGAAGAUGGUGGCGCUCAAUUUCAAUCAUAUUUGAACAAUGAUGGUAUCGAUGACUUGACUCCACAAUCAAGAAAACACAGGGUCUCAUCACUUUCGUUAUCGGAUUUAAACAACUGGCAAAAUGGAUUAACCAAAUUGUCAUCAUCUUCAUCUUUAAACAAGAAUGGUAGCAAUAGUAACUUGAAGAAGUCUUCAUCAGCCAACUUGAAAAAGGUUGACUCGUUGGCCAAAUUAUCAAGAAAUGCUUCCAUCAUUAAGAGAAAUAAGAAGGAUGUGAUUGAUCAUGAAAGAGUUGCCUCUUAUGCUUUUUGUUUUGAUAUUGAUGGGGUUAUAUUGAGAGGACCAGACACCAUCCCACAAGCUGUUGAGGCCAUGAAGUUGUUGAAUGGUGAAAACAAGUAUAAUAUUAAAGUUCCAUCCAUCUUUGUCACCAACGGUGGAGGUAAACCAGAAAAACAAAGAGCUGAUGACUUGAGCAAACGGUUAAAUUGCACCAUUACUCCAGAUCAAAUUAUUCAAGGUCACACGCCAAUGAAGGAUUUGGUUGGUGUUUACGAAAAUGUUCUUGUUGUUGGUGGUGUGGGUAAUGUUUGUCGUAAUGUUGCUGAAUCAUAUGGUUUCAAGAAUGUUUACACGCCAUUGGAUAUUUUGAAAUGGAAUCCAGCUGUGUCUCCGUACCACGAUUUAACUGAAGAAGAAAAGAUUUGCACUAGAGAUGUCGAUUUCAGCAAAACACCAAUUGAUGCUAUUUUGGUAUUUGCGGAUUCAAGAAACUGGGCCGCUGAUCAACAAAUCAUUUUGGAGUUGUUGUUAUCCAAGAAUGGUGUAAUGGGAACGCAGUCAACAACUUUUGAUGAGGGCCCACAAAUUUACUUUGCCCAUUCUGAUUUCAUUUGGGCCACAAACUAUAAAUUAUCAAGAUAUGGUAUGGGUGCAUUACAAGUUUCCAUUGCUGCAUUGUAUCGUGAACAUACUGGUAAGGAGUUGAAAGUGAAUAGAUUUGGUAAGCCACAGGUUGGUACUUUUAAAUUUGCCAACAAGGUCUUGAGUCAUUGGAGACAAGGUGUUUUGGAUGAACAUUUGAAGAAAUUGAGUAUAAAUGAUCCAAAUGCCAAGGAUGCUGAUAUCUUGAUUAAUGAAAACGGCGAAGAAAUUAUUAAUCAAGAAAAGUUGGAAAGCUACAAUUUUUCAGACUCUGAGGAUGAAGAAUCCGAAGAUGAAUUGGAAGCUGAAGAAAAAGAAAGAGAAGUUAACAUUGGUGUUUCCAAGAAACAAGCACACAAGGAUUACAAGGAUGCUAAAAAGAACCUUGCUAAACUUGCAGAAGUUGGUAAACCUGACCAAAUUACUUUACAAUUACCACCAGCAUCAACCGUCUAUUUCGUUGGUGAUACUCCUGAAUCAGAUAUUAGAUUUGCCAAUUCGCAUGAUAUUUCAUGGUACUCCAUCUUGGUUAAAACCGGUGUUUAUCAAGAAGGCACUGAACCCAAAUACAAGCCAAAACAUUUAUGUAAUGAUGUUUUGGAAGCGGUCAAAUUUGCUAUAGAAAGAGAACAUGAAAAGGAAUUGGCUGAAUGGAAUGAAACUGCUGGUGACGAAGAUGCUUCUGCUGCUGCUUCUGCUAAUAAUGAUAAGGGCUCAAGAUUGAACUUUGCUGAUUUGGUAAUGACGCCAACUGAGAAGAAACAAAAGGAGGAAACCAAAAAGCAAACUGAAUCUAAGGGGUUAAAGAGACCUGAAGAUGCACCGGAAGCUGUUGAAGUUCCAGUUGGAUUAGCUGAACAACUUGAGAAGUUGAAAGAUGUCGGUAAAUAG